AUGGACACCCCUAAGAUACCCGGUCCUCAGGACGAGGGAGAGAAGCAGGUGCUUCAGAACCUAAACGAAAUCCUGACUCAGCUACAGCUUCGAAAGCUCGACCGAACGACCUACGUCCGCACUCAAGAUGUUAUGGUGCUGUACGAUCGGACCAUCGAGCAAGUCAAGCAACUUAACGAGAUAAGGAAUGGGAAGAAAACCGACGAGAACACAGUCGACAGAGUGGUGGACAGCUGCUUCCAACUCUUGUCCCUGUUCUUUAUGACCAUAGGGCGAAACAAUGAGGCGCCGGCGGCCUACGCAUUGACUUCGACCAUCAAGCGAUUACUCGAUCACCUUACCGAAGCCGAUAUCUUCUCGGCCAAAGACCUUGAGAGCAUGUCGCAAGCCCUGGAACGUUUGUCGGCAAUCGUGGAGAAUCAUUCCCGUAGCAAGACAACACCGCUCCUCGAAACUCUCCUCUCGAAUCGCGUAUAUCGUUGUCGAGAAUCGUUGGCUAAUCUCAAGAAGAAGCUCGAGGUAUAUGCCGAGCCGAUACUGGCAACAUAUGAGAAGCUUGUUUCCAUACUGCGGCAAACGGCUGCCAUCAACACCAAGUCCACGUUUAAACCGGAGGACAUUCACAAAUUCCAAGCACAACUGAAGGAGAUCGACGAGAAGCGAGUCGACGGACACUUCAUUGAUGCUGAUGGCAGCGUUUUGGCAGGAAGCGAGCAAGUGUGUUUUCUGCUUGACAGGUGUCAGAAUUACACCGAAGUCGUGCUAGAGAAAGCUGGCAAGUUUCCGGAGCAGUGGAAACACAUCUAUGAUAUUCUGAUCGGCAUACGAAACGAACUCGACAAGCUCUCAUUGACUCAAGCCUGGUCACUACGAGAAACUGACUUGUACGACUACCAACGGCAACUUGACAAGAUCGAUAAGAAUAGAGUAGAUGGCAACUGGCUGGACGAGAAGGGCCAACCUGCUGACCUUUAUGUUCAACGACUGACAGCGAUACGGACACUUCUGUAUCUCAUCCGAAAAAGUUAUGGUUACAUUUAUCAUUUGAUGAUAUCGUCGGAGCCGGUUUCUGAGGCACUCCUGCCGAUAUACAACCAGCUUCACACUCUAAAGCGCUGUUUGGUCGAGGUCCAGAACAGCGGAGGUGUAUCAUCCGUUCGCGAAUUGUACCCCUACAGCAUGAAGCUGCACUCGAUUGACAAUAUGAAAGUUGACGGCAAGUUUAUGGUUGGAGAGGAUAUCCCCGAGGGCCAAGGUAGCGUGGCGGAACUACUGGCCGAGUGUUUCGAACUUAAUUACGAGCUGAGAGUUGCGGCCGAAGCGGCUGCUGAGAAGGAAGGGCAGCCUUAGAAGUAUCAGUCACGACGGGAAUGAGGACAAUAGCGGCGUUCAGGGGACUUGACAUUAGUGCGAAUCAAGGGUGUAUGAUGCUUGUGGGAUUCACGAUGCAUGCGUGCCUCGCGGCUGCGGUUUCCACAUCUGCAAAAUGAGUGGAUAGAUUUGGGCGUGUCCUCGAUGGUACACAUUGGUAGUGGCCUGUGUCGGCGGAAGCUAAUAUUACUCCCGAUGCAUCCCAGCCAUUAUGAGACUGUAAACCUCGAGCAAAGUUUGAUCAGGUUGGCCUCAGGGAUAUCUGAAUGCAAGUUUGACCUAGAAACAAGUGAGUAAGGGCGCGGACGAGAUCGCAAAAGGCAAUGUAUUGGAUAUCACUUACAGGCCAUAUCUGCGCCUGCAUAGAAACAUUUGGUUAGCCGCCUGCUCGUAAUGAAAUUAUUUCCAAGCCACCAUGGG